AUGACCGCGGCUCCCCACGACCCUCCGGGGUGCCUCAGCCUGGCGGCCCCACGCCGGGGCACCUCCUCGCUCCUCAACCGGCCUCCCCCGCCCACAGGCCGCCCCCCGAUGGGCCCCGACAGUACCGUCUCCCGGCGCCAUCGCGGCUCCGUCUCCUCAGCGCCCGGCACAGCCCUUCCCGCCUUUUCCCGCGCCGCCUUUCAUUGGCCGCCCCCGUCGCCCAGGCGGGCGCCGAUUGGCCGGCGCAGGUGCCCGUCGCCCACCGAGACCCCGCCCACCGUGCUCUCCUCAGCGCCUCGCGGCAGUGGGACCCCCCUGGGGCUGAGCGUAGGCCCCGAGCAGCAGUACCGGAGCCAGGCGGGUCCUUCCCCACCCAGCGACCCCACCGAACCUGGCUGUGCCCCAGUCCCCGGUCCCCGACGGCCGCCUGCCCCCAGGGUGUGUAUGUCACGAAAGGAGCACGAGGGGCCCGAGCUGGAGGCGGCGGCGGGCGACAGCCCCUUCGUAGGGCUGGGCAGAGACGAGCCCCCCAGCGAAGACCCCGACAGGACGGAGGUGCUGCCCACGGCCCCACGGCCCAGCACGGAAGCAGCGCUGGACGGCCAGGCCUCCCGGUACUUCGCGGCGCUAGAUGCCAGCGUCGGGGGCCUGCAGCAGCGCACGCAGCAGCUGAUCGACAGGGUGAAUGACAGCCGCAAGGAGGACCACACCGUGAUGAGCAGCUUCAGGGAGAGCCUGCUGCUGAAGGUCUCGGGCCUGGCAGAGCAGCUGGAGGAGCGGCUCUUCCACCUCUACGGCCUCCACAACGAGCUGAUCCAGGAGCGGCUGCAGGAGCUAGCAGAGGUGAUGGAACGGGUGGGGCAGGCUGAGGCCGAGCUCCGGCAGGUCUGCCGCACCGUGGAGGCAGCCUACCACGACCUCUGCCUGCAGCCCGAGACCUGAGCAAGGCCUCAAAUGCACAGAGGCCCCCCCAAAUCCCGCGGGAGCCCCCCCCAGCCCUGUGGCAGCCCGCCUGCCCUGUGAGUGGGGCCUGUGUUGCCCACUGCUGCUGUGCCAGGGCGGCUGCAAGCGGGAAAGGGGGACUGGCCCAAAAGGGCUUUUCUGUUGCUGUUGGUGUUUGGGUUUAGCACAAAUAAAAAGAGCAAAAACCCCAAAGGCUGAAUCCAGGGGGCUGCCAGGGCUCUGCCGCCGGCUUGCUUCUGGCCGCUUGCCGGGGCAAAACCCGGCCGUACACAGCAUGUGCUGAAGCCGGAUCCCCUCCCAGUGGCAGAGUUGUGUCCUGGCGGGUUAAUUAAUGCUGAUGAGGCUCGCGCUGAUGAACAGAG